GAGAGGAUGCUAGACGGCGGGGCGGGGUUUCUGGGCCGGGGGUGCCUGCCUGGCGGCGAAAUAAGGGCGCCGAGGAGAGAAAGUGGACGCGGAAGGGGGAAAGGGGCACACCCGACAGCAGAGGGCAGCUGGGCGGCCAGGGCGGGAAGCGGAAGAGGAUCCGGGGGAGCGGAAGGGGAAGUCGGCGCCACUGCGGCCUCCGGGACAGAGUGACCGUAGGAGCUGCUCUUAGAGUAUAAUCUGGGAGAGAACCCAAGCGUGUCGAAAUGGCACAAAGUCUCUUGAAGACACCACCUAUGCCUGUAAGGACAAAAUUGCUACAUCACGUAGGAUUGUCACUUUAUAAUACCUCUCAUGGCUUCAAUGAGGAAGAGGUGAAAAAAAAACUUCAGCAGUUUAGUGGUGGAUCCGUUGACCUUCAGAAGGAAGACAAUGGCAUUGGCAUUCUUACUCUGAACAACCCAAGUAAAAUGAAUGCCUUCUCAGGUGUUAUGAUGCUACAACUUUUGGAAAAAGUGAUUGAAUUGGAAAAUUGGACAGAGGGGAAAGGUCUCAUUGUCCGCGGGGCAAAAAAUACUUUCUCCUCAGGAUCUGAUCUAAAUGCUGUGAAAGCACUGGGAACUCCAGAGGAUGGAAUGGCCUUAUGCAUGUUCAUGCAAAACACCUUAACAAGAUUUGUGAGACUUCCUUUAAUAAGUGUUGCACUUGUUCAAGGUCGGGCAUUGGGCGGAGGAGCAGAACUUACUACAGCAUGUGAUUUCAGGUUAAUGACUGCACAGAGUGAGAUCAGAUUUGUCCACAAGGAGAUGGGUAUAAUACCAAGCUGGGGCGGUGCAACCCGGCUGGUUGAAAUAAUCGGCAGUAGACAGGCUCUCAGAGUGUUAAGUGGGGCCCUUAAACUGGAUUCAAAAAAAGCUUUACACAUAGGAAUGGUUGAAGAGAUCUUGCAGUCUUCAGAUGAAACUGAAUGUCUCAAAGAGGCACGAGAAUGGCUACAGCAGUUUACCAAAGGGCCACCAGAAGUAAUCAGAGCUUUGAAAAAAUCUGUUUCUUCAGUCAAAGAGCUUUGUUUCGAGGAGGCAUUACAGACUGAAAGAGAUCUCUUAGGAACAGUUUGGGGUGGACCUGCAAAUUUAGAGGCUAUUGCUAGGAAAGAAAAAUUUAAUAAAUAGCUUUUUAAAAAAUGAUGUACUACAAGUAAAACUCCCAGAUUAAUAUGUACAAAAGUUAAAUGAUACUAAAUAUCAAUGUCAGAAGUACUUUGAAGGCUGUUUGUAUUUGGGUUUGUAUUUUAAUAAGUGAGUACCUGCACUCACUGGUCUAGUUUUCAGUAUAUCUGGGUAUUUAUCAAGUAAUCUGGAACAUGUGGCUAAAAUAUACACCACUUUUGGCUUGAAAAUUAUAAUCAAUUCCCAGAUUCCCAAAAUAGCUCUUAGGCUCUAACCAAAGACCGAUUUUUGAAAGGAAAAACUACUAUUUCUGGUGUUACUUAUCAUAAAGUCUCUGUUUUUGUCUUAGGAGAUAAUUUACAAAAAUAACUUAAUGAAACUUACAGAACACAAGUGGAGAGGUCAGGGGACAGGAAGAUAUGCAAAGGUAUCAGCAAUCCUUUUCUUCUGCUCCAAACACUUGGAGUAAAGAAGUCAUGGGGAAUUGGCUCUUCUUUUAAAUAAAGAUGCUCUUGACCUCACUCCCCGACAAAUUUCAACCUUACUUUAAAUUAUCUACUAAACAAUGAAAGCCGCCAUAUGGAAAGUCUACUAACUCUACAAAAUUGGCCAGUCCCUUUGUGUACUCCAGAAUUCCCAAACUAAUAUACUUUUGCAUUUUAUACCAAAUUUCUACUUUUGUUUCUGGAAAACUAGCUAACUUUUCUUCUUUUGUAACUAGCCAUCUUUUAAAAGUAAAUUUAAUAAAAAUACACAACUGAAACUUU